AUGUCCUCUGCUAUUCUACAGAUAAACAUAAACCAUGCUCACCGUGCGCAGGACUUGCUGGCACAGCGCAUGCGCGAAGACAGUGUGGAGAUUGUGGUCAUUGUGGAGCCAUUGUGGUUUCCUCCUGGGGAUGAGAGUUGGUUCUCAUCCCUAGGAGAGACAUCAAUCUCCGCGGUGCGUUUUGACGAAUGUGAAAGACCCUGUAGCAUGUUGCGUCGGUGUCGUUUUUACGUAGCCAUUAAAUGGGGGGUCUCGCUGGUAGUUUCGAUCAACUUUCCUUCCAGCGAGAACAUUAACAUGUUUUAUAGAAUCCUUGAUGAGAUCAAAAAGCUCUUAGCAACAUUCCCCACUCUCCCAGAGCUGGUGGCUGGCAACUUUAAUGCCCGGUUCAGCAGAUGGGACCCGGAAGGCAGGAGUAACCGUUGGAGUGAGUUGCUCUGCGUCUGGGCGAACAGAAUGAACUUGAGUCUGCUGACCCAGGUUGGCUGUCCAAUGUGUGUUCGUCCACAAGGGUUGAGCGUUAUAUUUCUAACGUGGGGCACGCCGGCAGCUGGCGACCGCCUUUCGGACUGGAGGGUGGAUGAGACUGAGUCCCUGUCGGACCAUCUAUAUGUUAGAUUUAGCUAUAGUCACGAGGCCACAGAGGGAGAAUACGGCCAGUGCGGACUGCACAGACAAACUAGUGAAGUGAGCACGGUCAACACUGAAACAAAAGUGCGACAUUGCCAUGUCCCGGGUGAGGGUACAAACCCGCGUGCAGUUGCAAGGACUACAGUAAGGAAACUUUCCAGAGCCUGGAAAAAGAAGAAUAUGGAGGAAAUAGUGCGGUGCAUGGACUCCCGAAGGAACGCAAGGAGGGCACUGAUUAGGGCCAUUAAGGAACCCUAG